AUGCGGUUAGCUGGGGAGAAUGUGGAACUGUGGUCUGGCCAACGAUUGGUCAUGAUUUCACGUGCUAAAGAGAAUCGGCCGUUGGCCAGAUUUGGGGCAACCGUUGCAACAGCUCCCGACUGCUCAGCAGUCCUCGUUAUGGGUGGGAUCGAGGGCCACAUCAUUGGAGGUGUGUGCUUGAAUGACGUUUGGCGGUUCGACGUGGAUUCCCGAACGUGGGAAUGCUUGCCUGAACCUUCUUGGCAGCCGCGCCGCGGGUCUUUGCCAGUAGUUGUUGCCGGCGUUGGCGACACAGGUUGUGUGCUGCUCGUUGGCGGCACCGGUAUUGAUGCCAAACCAUUGCGCGAAGUUUGGAAAGCAGACGCCCCUAUGUUCCGCCCGACCAGCUGGAGCCAAACUACAGAUGAAGCUAUGUGGCCUGAUGCUGCUUACGCCUUGUGGGUUCCAGAAUUCCUUGGCGCAGGUUUCCUGCUCGUGUUUGAUUCCGCGGGGUCAUUGUGGCGCAGCAACGAUUGGGGGCGGUCUUGGUUGAAACUGGUACAGAAGCUCCCAUUCGGUUGGCCGCAUGAGCAGGUAUCCUUUGUGCGAUAUAGCAGUGGUGCGCUCGUGGCGGUGACAAUGUCCACCAGAGUGUGGGUUUCGCAGGACUUCGGCUGUUCCUGGACAAGGGGCGAUGGCGACCGUGAUCCUUACCAUGUAGGGCGGGACCCAACUGCCGGCAAGGGCCGGGUUUCCUGGACAGGGCCUCCAGGUCUGCGCUGCCAAAUCAUCGACGUCCUUGACACUGAUGCCUCGGAUGUCCUCGUGGUUGCUAGGAAUCGAGAGACUUGUCAACUCACACUGUGGCUCCUCGCCAUUAAGGCGGAUGCUGCGCAAACGCUUCAAUCCUCCUGGCACUGCCUUGUGCCACAGAUCCACAUCUAUCCAGGUUUCUCCUCCGUGAACCAGCUCGUAAGUGCCGGGCGUGCUGCCCUGGGUGUGCAUGAUGGUGUGGAAAUGCGGGCAGUGUUUGUGGAGUUCAAUCCGAUCAAUGAGUUCACCGUGUGGCGUGCCAGUCCUGUUGGCGUUGAUCGCCACAGGGCCAUGCUGGAUCGUCUGGGCAGCUCGCAGACCAAAGUGGACCAUUGCACAUGGCAGAAACACAUCAUCGGAGCGUUGUUGCCAUCCAUGGGCAAAGACUGGGUGCCACGGGACUUGGCCGUGUCGGCGGCAACGGAUAGCGUGCCGUACCAGGAAGACAAUGAGUGGACAUACUGGCAUUGA